CCCCAGUCGUUCCUUACCCAACUCCACCUUUCUCGCUCACAAUUCAUCACCCUCUCUCCUAUUAAUACACCCAUAAUCCUCUCACCGUUUAUUUCUAAGAUUCUAGCAUUCGUCGGCCAAGUGCGCUCCAAGUGUUCGAUCAAUUGUCUCAACCACCUGCAACAACUCCUCUGUCUAUUUGUUUCGAACUUCGAAGCCUUAUUCCGAUGGCAGAUAAAAAUCAACCCCCGCAAACCUACCACCGUCCGGGACGUCGCUCUAGCUGCGGCUGUUGUUGCUUUCUGAGUCUCCUCCUCAAAAUCAUAAUUUCAAUCAUCGUCAUUAUUGGCAUUGCACUCUUAAUAUUCUGGCUGGUAGUCCGACCAAAUAGGGUCAAAUUCCACCUGUCUGACGUCAGACUCAACGAAUUCAACUACACCAACAACACAACGCAGCACUUCGACCUUGCAGUGAACAUCACAAUUCGCAACCCCAACAGAAGGAUCAAAAUCUACUACGAUGCGAUCGAGGCCAGAGCUGUGUACGAUAACCGGAUUGUGGGUAGCGAAUUCAUGCCAAAGUUCUUGCAAGGCCACAAGAGUACUAAUGUUUUAAGCCCCCAUUACAAAGGCAACAAGACAAUGUUAUUGACUCCUUCUGAGGUGGAAUUUCAAAAUAAAGAGAAGGCAAAUGGGCUUUACAGUUUCAAUUUGGAUCUGUAUUUGAGGGUAAGGCUCAGGUUGGGAGACAUCGUUACAGGUUCUUUUAAGCCUGUCGUCAAGUGUGAUUUUAAGGUGAACUCUGGUGAUGGAAGAUUGGCUGGCGGGGAUGGGACGGUCAAGUGCGAUGUUGAUUACUUCUGAUCACUUCUUUGAUCGAGUCUUGGGCCCUUUUUUUUCCUGCUUUUUGUUCUUAUAUAUAUUUUUUCAUUCUUUUUUUUUUCUCUUCAUGUUGUUAUGGUCGUCUACAGAUUUUAUUAUAUGUUCAUGGCUUUGUUUGAUGUGAAAUAAAUAAAUAAAUUGUGGACGGUGAUAUUCA